AUGACCUUCGAACACGCCGCACCCGCCACUCGUACCAUUCGAGACAACACUGCUCAGUCCCUGCCACCAAUACCCUCUUCGCGCGAGUUGGGCGAUGCCAUACCCCCAAAACAGCCCAAUGGCGCGCCGGUAGCGGCAGCGGAGUUCAAAUUUGGCAAAUCAUGGGCGCAUUUUGUUGCUGGAGGUCUUGGUGGCAUGGCUUCUGCGACGCUGACGGCUCCUCUCGAUGUCCUCAAGACCCGCCUCCAAUCGACCUACUACCAACAGCAUCUUGCCGCCAUGCGCACCGCCCGUGGCCUUCCCCCGAUUGAGACCAUGUCUUUUGCACGCAGCUCACUACUUCACAUUCGAGAGACUGGAGAGAUCUUGUGGCAAGUACCAAAGAUCGAGGGCUGGCGCGCACUGUUCAAGGGUCUUGGUCCAAAUUUGAUUGGAGUGGUGCCUGCACGGGCAAUCAACUUCUAUGCAUACGGCAACGGGAAAAGAAUCAUCAGCAACAACUUCAACGAUGGGAAGGAAGCGGCAUGGGUUCAUCUUUGUUCGGCAGCCGCUGCGGGCCUUGUGACUGGCACUGCAACAAACCCCAUCUGGCUUGUCAAGACACGGUUACAAUUGGACAAGAACACCCACGCUGACGGUCGGGGACGCCAAUACAAGAACGCAUUAGACUGUACAAUGCAGACCAUACGAAAGGAAGGUAUCCAAGGCCUAUACCGCGGCUUGACUGCCAGCUAUUUGGGCGUGACAGAGAGCACGCUGCAAUGGAUGAUGUACGAGCAGAUGAAGCUCUCUUUGGCACGACGAGAAGAACGUGUUGCGGCCAGUGGAAAACCGCCAACAGCAUGGGAUCAGACUGUGGCUUGGACAGGAAAACUUGGGGCUGCUGGAGCUGCGAAGUUUGUCGCUGCUUUGAUCACUUAUCCCCAUGAGGUUAUACGGACAAGGUUACGUCAAGCCCCUCAGCAAGAUGGACGUCAGAAGUACACCGGGCUUGCCCAGUGUUUCCGGCUCAUAUGGAAAGAAGAAGGCAUGGCCGCACUAUAUGGCGGACUUGUACCCCACAUGAUGCGCGUCGUUCCCAGUGCUGCCAUCAUGUUUGGUACGUACGAAGGGGUACUGAAGCUCCUGGGAGAGAGCAGUAAUAUGUAA